GUAUGUAUCAUUUAGUUGUUGAACUAUUCAGCAUUUCUUUUUCACUUCUUACCUAAUUAAAGCAGGAUAUUGAAUUUUAAAAUAAAUUUGUGUAAGUAGAUAAUGUUAUGCUUGAAUUUCCAUUCAGGAAAGUGAAGGCAAUGCUAAAGCACUAUUAAUUAUUUCUAUGAGAGGAAAUGUCUGGUAGGGUUACAGCCUGCUGUGGCGGCUCACACUUGGGAUGUAGAAAUAGGAGGAGAGAGAGUUCAAGGCCAGAUUGCCAGCAUUAUAGCAAGAGACUAACUCAGAAAAAGAGGGGGUAGGGGGGUAGGGGGACUGACUCUGACUCAAGAACUCAUGCAUAUGCAUGUCCACGGUGACCUAAAGCAGAUCUUGAGUGAAUCUGUCAACGUACAUAAUUUUUUAUCUCUCUUUAUAAAUAUGCUUAUAUCUAGCCAGGGAAUUCCCUGUCCAUUUGCUUACAAAUCUAUGUAAGAUACUAGUAAGUUGAUGAAAGGCAGCAUGAAGAGGUGCUUCACACAAGCAGCAAGCCACCGAGAAGGGUCUUAGGAGCAGCAACUUUGGAGUAUGUGUGUCUGCUUCUCACUGGUGGCCGCAGAGACCCUGGAUGGUGCUUCCUUGGGCCCCCUUUACUGCAGGAGUAGAAUCACAGUGUCUAGGAUAGGUAGGAGUAGCUUUGGGAUUUAGCUGCUUCACCAGCCAGAGUGGGUUGAGGAUAAAGGCCAGGAUGCUACCUGACUGCUGGAGCUCCCUUCUCCUAUGAGAUCUUCGUUGAGGCACUGACAAUGGGGAAGAAGAAACCUACAGCUGGUUUGUGAGUGAACUAUAGAGGCAGGUGUGGGGCAGGCAUUUGAUCUUAACCAGGCCCUUUGUAGUUCUGAUUUGUUGUUCAACAGUCCCGAAGGUCCUGCUAGGGGUACCAGUGGCUUCUUGGGUGUGGGCUAUCUCUCACUUCCCUGCUUAACUUUCUUCUCUAGGUCUCAGCUUUCCCCUCUUUCAGGAAGCCUGCCCUUAGCCACUGGUCUAGUCUGGUCUUUUUUUUUUGUUGUUGUUUGUUUUGUUUUGUUUUGUUUUUUUGAGACAGGGUUUCUCUGUGUAGCCCUGGCUGUCCUGGAACUCACUUUGUAGACCAGGCUGGCCUCGAGCUCAGAAAUCUGCCUGCCUCUGUCUCCCGAGUGCUGGGAUUAAAGGCAUGCGCCACCACGCCCAGCUUAGUCUGGUCUUUUGCUUCCUAAAUACUUCUCCUUAUGAUCCUUUAUUUCGGUUUGGAAUUAUAUUAAUCUGCAAUGCCUAUCUGGUUUAUAUGAGUGCCCUUUGAGAGUAGGCACCUGUCUUACUUACGGGCUCUAGUGUGACAAAAAAAGGAAAAGUGACCAAAAACAACUUGAGGAAGAAAGAAUUUGUUUGUACUUCCGCUUCCACAUCACAGUUCAUCACUGAAGGAAGACAGGGCAGUAACGCAAGGCAGGAACCUGGAAGCAGGAACUGAAGCACAUGCCAGGAAGAAGUGCUGCUUACUGGCUUGGUGCUCAUGGCUUGCUCAGUCUGCUUUAUUAUACACCCAAGAUUACCCCUACCCAGGGUGACACAACUCACAGAGAGCUGACCCCGACCACAUUAAUCAUCAGUUUUUCUUAAUUAAUUUUCUUAAUGCCCCUACCAGCUUGCUCACGGGUCAAUCUGGUGGGAGCCUUUUUAAAAAACAAACAAACAAACAAACAAACAAACAAACAAACCUGAGGCUCCCUCUUCUCAAAUGACUGUAGCCCGUGUCAAGUAGAGGUAAAAACUAGCCAGCAGAAUAUCUUACCUGCUUAUGCUCCAUUUCUCUCCAUGCCCAGUCACUGCCGGAAUUUAUAAGUGCUUUUCCAGAUCGCAGAAAUACCAACACUUACUACGGAUUGCUACCUCUGUAUUAGAAGCCUAAUCUGUCGGACAGCUGUCUUCUGUGUGUGUAGGGUGGAAAGUGGGCAGCAUGCAACUUACUCUUGUAGGAAUAAAUCAGCUAGGACUUAUUUAAUGCAGUAAUUUAGUAGGACUCUUUUUUUCCUACUCAGUUUCACCUUCAGUCCCAAGCCUAGGCUACCAAGUUAGGGUAGUGUGUGGUUUAACUAGGAGGUGACCGGAGGGUCACAGCUCCCGUUCCCACCGCUAUAUGUUUAGAGAAACCCUGGACUCAACAACGCAUCCAUGGCCUCCUUAUAUUAAACAAAGAGACUGUCAGCCCAGCGCCUAGGUGGCAGAAAUUCGGAGCGCCGGAGCAAUCUGAUUAGGGAAGAGGUUUAGGGAAAGGGGGUGUGACACAGUCUGCAGGGUGAAAGUUGGUGGCCUGUGAGUAGCAAGCUUUCUGGACCCCUGGGGUGUGUCGGCGAGGGAUUGCCCAUCGGUGGCGUGCGCGUGGGUGGGAUUGCUGGGGAGGGUCAGCGUCAGGCCCCCUCCCCUUUCGGCUGGCUCCUGGCGGAGCGGGGUGCAGGUGUGGGAGGGCGCCGGGGCCGAGGGCUGCGAGGAGCCGCCGCGGGCGGCAGGAGGCAGCGUCGGCCCGGGCGGCGCGAGGCAGCGCGCGGUGAUGUCAGUGGCGGCCCGGCUGGCAGCGGCCGGCACUUCCUGUAUAAAGGCGGGCGGGCCGGGCUGCGACUCCCGCGAGCCGGGGCUGGGCUCUGAGAGGCAGGCGGCGGCGGCCGAGCAGUGGCGGGGCUGUCACCUUCGCGAGCCCAGCUCCUGGAGCUUUCCCGGGCCGUCCCUUCCGCGUCCCCGGGCUCCCGGCGUUGACAUCUGCGGAGCGGAGAGCUGUAUGUGCGCGCGCGCGGGAAAGGAAGAAUGGCAGUGCUCAAACUCUGCGAGCAGGACUAAGACUCAGGAAGAAUUAUGGGCAAAGAAUACUCAGACUUCCACUGGAGAAAACCCUCAGCAACGUGCACAGAGAAAAAUCCCACCACACUGCAAAGAAGUUAAAGGAGCAAAAUUACGGUCAUCGAGUACAUGCAAAUACGGAUAAAAGGAAGCUGGGGUGACGUCAGAAAGCGGGGAGCCUCUUACAUCUCUGGCAGCUGAGUUAAUUAGCUUCAUUCUGUUGGAGAGCAAAUUGGCCUUGGAUAAAGGACGCCAUCCAAGUGCAGCCCCCUUGACCUCGUAACUCCUUUCUUUGGAACUUAUUCUAAAGAAAACCUCAACAAGAAAGCUAUAAGAGUGAAGCCACCACUGGUCCAGGCAAUCUUCAGUGGCGACCCAGAGGAGAUUCGCAUGCUCAUCCAUAAGACUGAAGACGUAAACGCACUGGAUUCUGAGAAACGAACCCCGCUUCAUGUGGCUGCAUUCCUGGGAGAUGCAGAGAUCAUUGAACUCCUGAUUUUGUCAGGAGCUCGUGUAAAUGCCAAGGACAACAUGUGGCUGACCCCACUGCACCGGGCUGUUGCUUCCAGAAGUGAAGAGGCAGUGCAAGUAUUGAUUAAACACUCGGCUGAUGUCAAUGCAAGGGACAAGAAUUGGCAGACCCCCCUCCAUGUGGCAGCAGCCAAUAAGGCCGUCAAGUGUGCAGAAGUGAUCAUUCCACUACUGAGCAGUGUCAAUGUCUCCGACAGAGGCGGGCGCACAGCCUUGCACCACGCCGCUCUGAAUGGACACAUGGAGAUGGUCAAUUUACUCUUGGCCAAAGGGGCAAACAUCAAUGCAUUUGACAAGAAGGACCGACGAGCUCUCCACUGGGCAGCAUACAUGGGUCACCUGGACGUUGUGGCGCUGCUCAUUAACCAUGGUGCAGAAGUUACCUGCAAGGAUAAGAAGGGCUACACCCCGCUGCACGCUGCAGCCUCCAAUGGGCAGAUCAGUGUUGUCAAACAUCUCCUGAACCUGGGGGUGGAGAUUGAUGAAAUCAAUGUCUAUGGAAACACAGCACUUCACAUUGCCUGCUACAAUGGCCAGGAUGCUGUCGUUAAUGAGCUGAUCGACUAUGGUGCUAACGUGAAUCAGCCCAACAACAGUGGCUUUACCCCUCUGCACUUUGCAGCGGCGUCUACUCACGGUGCUCUGUGUCUGGAGUUGUUAGUGAACAAUGGGGCCGAUGUGAACAUUCAGAGUAAGGAUGGCAAAAGUCCUCUGCACAUGACAGCUGUCCAUGGACGGUUCACGCGGUCACAAACCCUCAUCCAGAAUGGAGGUGAGAUCGACUGUGUGGAUAAGGAUGGCAACACACCUCUCCAUGUGGCUGCGAGACAUGGUCACGAGCUCCUGAUUAACACCCUAAUCACUAGCGGAGCCGACACAGCCAAGUGUGGAAUCCAUAGCAUGUUCCCCCUACAUUUAGCCGCCCUAAAUGCUCACUCUGACUGCUGCAGGAAGUUGUUAUCAUCUGGACAAAAGUAUAGCAUAGUGUCCUUGUUUAGUAAUGAGCACGUGCUGUCUGCAGGCUUUGAAAUAGACACCCCAGAUACGUUUGGAAGAACGUGCCUCCACGCCGCUGCUGCAGGAGGCAAUGUAGAAUGCAUAAAGCUCUUGCAGAGCAGCGGAGCAGAUUUUCACAAAAAGGACAAAUGUGGGAGAACCCCAUUGCACUAUGCAGCUGCAAAUUGCCAUUUCCACUGUAUUAAAGCAUUAGUGACCACCGGAGCCAACGUUAAUGAAACAGACGACUGGGGACGGACAGCUCUGCACUACGCUGCUGCAUCAGACAUGGAUAGAAAUAAGAUGAUCUUAGGAAAUGCCCAUGACAAUUCUGAAGAACUUGAAAGAGCCAGAGAAGUGAAGGAAAAAGAUGCUGCACUAUGUCUAGAAUUUCUGCUUCAAAAUGAUGCAAACCCAUCCAUCCGGGACAAGGAAGGCUACAAUAGCAUCCACUAUGCUGCUGCCUAUGGCCACAGACAGUGUCUAGAACUGCUUUUGGAAAGAACCAACACUGGCUUUGAAGAAUCAGAUGGCGGUGCUCUCAAGAGUCCACUCCACUUAGCAGCAUACAAUGGGCAUCACCAAGCCUUGGAGGUCCUUCUCCAGUCCCUAGUGGACCUGGACAUCAGGGAUGAGAAAGGCCGGACAGCUCUGUACCUAGCUGCUUUCAAGGGACACACAGAAUGUGUGGAGGCACUUGUUAACCAGGGCGCAUCCAUCUUUGUAAAGGACAAUGUCACCAAAAGAACUCCACUUCAUGCUUCAGUUAUUAAUGGUCACACACUGUGUUUGAGGCUACUACUUGAAACAGCAGACAAUCCGGAAGUGGUUGAUGUGAAAGAUGCCAAGGGACAAACCCCGCUGAUGCUUGCAGUAGCAUAUGGACACAUUGAUGCUGUUUCAUUGUUACUUGAAAAGGAAGCAAACGUAGAUGCGGUCGACAUAGUGGGAUGCACGGCUUUACAUAGAGGGAUUAUGACAGGACAUGAGGAAUGUGUGCAAAUGCUGCUGGAACAAGAAGCAUCAAUCCUCUGUAAAGAUUCCAGAGGGAGGACACCCUUGCACUAUGCGGCUGCUCGGGGCCACGCCACAUGGCUGAAUGAAUUGCUCCAGAUUGCCCUUUCUGAAGAAGACUGCUGUCUCAAAGACAACCAGGGAUACACGCCACUGCACUGGGCGUGUUACAAUGGUAAUGAAAACUGCAUAGAGGUACUUUUGGAGCAAAAAUGUUUUCGAAAAUUUAUUGGUAAUCCCUUCACUCCACUGCACUGUGCAAUAAUAAAUGGUCACGAGAGCUGUGCAUCAUUGCUCCUGGGGGCCAUAGAUCCCAGCAUUGUCAGCUGCAGGGAUGACAAAGGCAGGACAACCCUCCACGCGGCAGCCUUUGGAGAUCAUGCGGAGUGCUUGCAGCUGCUUCUGAGACAUGAUGCUCAAGUGAAUGCCGUAGAUAAUUCAGGGAAAACAGCACUGAUGAUGGCCGCUGAGAACGGGCAGGCAGGAGCUGUGGAUAUUUUGGUGAACAGUGCCCAGGCUGACCUGACUGUGAAGGAUAAGGACUUGAAUACUCCCUUACACCUGGCUAUCAGUAAAGGCCAUGAGAAAUGUGCCUUGUUAAUACUUGACAAGAUACAAGAUGAGAGCCUUAUCAAUGCGAAGAACAGUGCGCUGCAGACACCCCUCCAUAUCGCUGCACGCAAUGGCUUGAAGGUGGUAGUUGAGGAGUUGCUGGCGAAAGGAGCCUGCGUACUUGCUGUAGAUGAAAAUGGUCAUACCCCGGCCCUGGCUUGUGCUCCUAACAAAGACGUGGCUGACUGCCUGGCCCUCAUUCUGGCUACCAUGAUGACUUUUUCUCCUUCCAGUACAAUGACGGCUGUCAACUUCGUUUGUUUUAGAAAAGACAAUUUGAGCAGAAUGACCCACUCCAAUCUGGGUAGUAGGGUUAGUCUUUGUAGUAACAAUGUGGGCUCUGAGGAUGGGUACAAUGAAAAUGACUCUGAUUCGGAAACAUUCUAACUUUGGGCUGUAGAGGUGUUUCCCCCAAUACCUGUGUUUCAGGAAGGAAUGGAAGCUUGAAUUCCAGGUUACAUUGUAUUCAGACAUUUGAGGCCAAGCUUCCAGAAGCCAGCAGAAAAGGAGUCAGUCUAACCAAAAGAGGGCAACUAGGUGGUAGGCUGAAACACACCCAGAUGGCCUGGGUUUUGUUUUGCUUCGUGUUUUCUCUAGGUCUAAGGUACUUCUGUGAAAGUCUACCUCUCAUUUUAAGUAAGGACAAAAAAAUUAAGUAUUCUUCAUCUUUGGGGAUAAUGCAACAGAGAGACACAUAUUCAGUCUAAUGAGUUGUUUUUUUCCCACAUCCUCACCAAUGAGUUCUGUGAGGUGGGUCAAGGUGAAAUUCAUGUCUCCUGGAGGGGCGGGAAGAGGAGAUGGGAAAUGCUUGCAUGCUCUUCUCACUCUGAUGUUUACUUCUUCACUAGAAGUCAAAGGUCAAGGUUCAUCUUUAAACAUAAUUGUCCUCUUAAGGGAGUCUACCCCUCCUCCUCCAUAGGAAGUGUGUAAAUGCCUAGAAUUUCUUCCUGGGAUCUCAGUUAAAGCUGCCAGAUGAAUGUGAACAUUGUUCAUGCUCUUUCGUUAAACACAAAUGAAAUAGCACCCGAAGAAAUGUGUGAGUACGUUUUCAAUGGAGUAAUGGAUCCCAAAUUUAUCCAAUAACAUUUCAGGUGAAAUUAUAUUGUGCCAAAACUUGAAACAAUAUGCAAGUCAAAUAAGAAAUUACCAUUCAUUUGAAUUUGCUCUAAGAUGAAAAUACUAACGUUGUAAGGGCAUCAGAAUGGCUGGUACUGUCCUUCAAUAGUAGGGUAGCAAAUUAGCUGCUCAGCCAAGGUCAUGCCACAAGUGACAGUGUGCCUGAAAAGGAGCCAAGGAAAUGACAGCAGGAAGCAGAAAUGGUUGGUGUGGAAGUGCAAGCCAAUUGCCAGUUGUUUGGUAAUGAAAUCAGCAUUGUGAAUACUGUGUCUGCUCCCUCUGCCAAAGCUUCUAGGUCGAAUGGACCCCGUUCUCCACCUGGAACGGCUGUACGAAAGGAAGAAUGAGACUUUAAGAAUUAUGCACAUACACAUGCACAUAUGUGUGUAUAUUUACGUAUGUACUUCAUCAACCAGCUCUCCAUGAGGACCAAAUUGCUUCUGCCUAAACUGGGAUAUUUUAAAUGUUUUUCUUUCUACAUGCAAGUGAGAACUGUAGUAACUUUUCUAUGGGGUUAAAAAUGUAAUCUUUUUUGCAUACCAGUCUUUAUUGUAUUUUAUAUUUCUAAUGAUGCAGAUUUCUAGUUGAUGGCUUGACAAUUUGUAACUGAUGACGCGUUGACCAUAGGUUUUUGUUUUCAAACUAGGGAAUAUGUCUGUAUACUUUGAUGUAAAUGUGUUUAUAUUUAUUUGAAAUGAAAGAGAUGCCAAGAAAUACCCUCUGUUUAGGCUUGCUCUCCGUCUUCGUCUCUGUCUCUCUCUCAUCUCUCUCUGUGUCUCUCGUCUCUCAUAUCUCUCUGUCGCUGUGCCUCUAAUCUCUCUGUCUCUGUCCCUCACUGUCUCAUUGUCUCUCUCUCUCUUUCUCUUUGUUAUGUACCUUAUUUAGAAUAACAAAGUACAUGGGAAAAUACCCUUGACUCUGGGCUAACCAUUAGCUCUGGGGUUAAACCCAGCAUUUCCCACUACUACCAGCUGACCCUUGGGUUUGUCCGUUGCUUGACCCCAUUCUAUAGCCAAUCAGAGCCUUUCUGUGUGAUGAAAACUGAUGUAGCAGAUCAUAUACACAAAGGUAGCCCAAAGAAAGACCCAGAAACCACAGAAACCACACCAAAAAUGACACAUAGUCCUGACACUUAAGAGGAAAUGAUGCCAAGUAUGGGCACUAUGCCAAGAAAGGGAAUUAAAAAGCAAACAUGAGUGAGCCUGAGUGCUCUAUUCCACUAGCUGAAGACUCGGGAGAGAAGUCUGCAGCUGCAGGGCAUGCAUUUGCGGUGUUUUACUGUAGGCUUUCUCUUCUCCUUUGAAGUUUAUAUUUUAUAGCAUUUUGAGAGUUUUAAAAAUAAUCCUAUCAUAGCUGGACCAGACCCGGAUAAUGUGUUCUAUCAUUUUCAUCAAGCUGUAAGAGGCUUUGCCCUUACUAUUUUAAUAUCCUGGAUUUAAUUAAAACUCUUGUUGGUUCUUCACAAAUGAAAACUUGUUUGGUAGUUUUAUAAAAUUGAAACUGAUGUUGUCGAAAAAUUUUACACCAGCAGCAUUUUGUUUUUGCACUUUGGGUAUAAUGUAUCCCUCCCUCUGGUCCUUUUGUUUAGAGCAGGUACAUUUGAAACAAGUAGACAGACCUACUACUGAGCAGCAAUGAUCUUAUCUUUAGGGAAUCCUGAGGAUUGAGUGAGUGCUCACAUUGAAGAAGUGUGAUGUACUGCCCUUUCUUUUCCUAGAAGUGAGUAGUGGAAGUCUUGCUGGGUUGGCAUUUAAAGCAGUAAAUAAAAUGCCUGCAUUGCUAGUGAUGUAGCCCAUAGCAAGGGGGUCACUUCCACAAGGCAGUGACCUAGCAGGAGACAUUGUGUCCAUGGAGCUAUACUGGCCUUCCCUGGCUCAUUCUGAUAGAGGAUGUGUACAAACACAAGGAAAUUAAGCUUACAAAGAGCCAUUCUUCUGAGUUGCUUUGUCUGUCUGUCUGUCUGUCUGCCUGCCUACCUGCCUGUCUCCCCAUCUCCCCUUCUCUUGCUCUGUUUCCUCCCCCUGCCCAACAAGACCAAAAAUUUUUUUAAAGAAAUAACUUUUGAAAACUGAAAUUUCUAUGUAUCUAGUUAUCUCAUAAACGUUUGCAGCAUCGCUUUCUGAGGGGAAAUGUUUUUAGUAGUCUUAGUUGCUCAGUGCUUUUACCUAAAUGCAUUGUUUUCAGACUGUAUGUCAACCACAGCCACAAGGACCAUGUUUGACAGUACCUCCCUAGUUACUGGUGUCUGCCUAUCUUUGGUAAAUUCAUUACUUCCUCCAAAUUGCCUAAAGUCCUAGUAAACAAUAGCUCAGGGGAUUUCUAUCCAUCACUACUAACAGGGCACCGUGGUAGGUCUUGGUACUUUGGGCAGCAAGCAGCCGCUUGACUUGUCAUUGCUUGGGGACAAGAACACCGGGUGGAUUUGCUGCACCAGCUCCGCUUCACGCUAUUGAGCAGCUUGGGUUGUGCAUCCAUUGCACUUGUUGAUGAGCCCAUCCCUUUGUGGUCUUGUAACAUGACGUUAGAGUGCCUUUUUAUAUUUGUAUAUCCUGGAAGUGUUCUGUGAAGCAUUUUGUAUUUUUUCAUUUGAGUGUUAUUGGAGCAAUAUGAUCCUAGUGAGUUUCCCUUUCUUUGAAUGUACCAAGUGUCUCCUUUCCUAGUCCUCUCCUCCUUUGCUUUGAAAUGAAAAUGCUCACGUUUUCUAGAGGAACUAUGUUUGACUUUGCAGUACUAAAAUGCUUUCUUCUUACAGAACUGUAAACCAUAGGUCAGUAUUAUAGGGGAACAGCGUUUUAAGAUAGUGACAAUCUGAGCGUGUUUGUAGAAUGUCAUCCUGUGUGUUUCCUACAUGGUGAUCUGAAGACUCAAUGCAAGUAUCCUUUGUUCAGUAGCUUUGUCUACAGACGAUGCUUCAGCAUGUGCAAUAUAUCCUUGCAAAGCACGGUGAUACACAUCUUGUGCCAGUGUUACAUUUUGUAAAACAUAUGUGUAACAGCAUAAACUAUUAUGUGAUGAUUUCAGUGGGAGUUUUGUCUGUACUUUUAAGAUGUAGACAUUGGAAUUGAAUGACUUUGAUAAAUGUUCUGAGUGUAAAAAUGAGGAAAAAUGGCUUUCGGCUCAGUGAAGGACUUGGGGCCGGUGUGAAUCUUCUCAAGCACAGUUUAAUACUUUCCUAACUACUGAAUGCUCUAAUAAUGCAAUGAAGUACUUACCUGUAAUAUACAGUGGACAUGCAUUCAGAUGGUUAUUUUUUACAAAUAAAAACGGUACAAAUAUUGUUGCAA